GCGAGCAAUACGUCGAGCCGUUAUUCACCUGAGCCGCGGCGUAUAUAAAGUCCAAGACAUGUCAGGGAAACGGUCACCUCGAGUCGAGACUGCAGCUGCAUCAUCAUCAUCAUCAUCAUCAUUGGCAUCUUGUCCAAAAGCGCGGCUGAAGUUGCUGUUCCCAAAACCAUGCGCGUGCACAAGGAUGAAUCGCGCAACCUCUUGUUUUUGUUGUGCAUUUUGAUGAAGACCAGUGCUGCAAUGAAGAACGACGCUACGGAGAUUGUGUAUCCCCACAUGACGGAGAAUCCCGGGGAAGAACCCACGGAUGAAGCGGCGCUGAACCGCGCGCGAGGUGGAGGCAGGGGGUCCGAGAACGCGGCGCGAGAUCGAACCGAUCCGGGUCCGAUGGGCUGCAGAGAACUGCGCUCCACAAAGUAUAUCUCGGACGGCCAGUGCACCAGCAUCAACCCCAUUAAAGAGCUGGUGUGUGCAGGAGAGUGUCUCGCUGCCCAGGUGCUCCCCAACUGGAUAGGCGGAUAUGGUAAAAAGCCAAGGAGCCGCCGGGGCAGCCAGGACUGGCGUUGUGUCAACGACAAGACCCGAACCGAACGCAUUCAGCUGCAGUGUCAGGACGGCAGCACCAGGACCUACAAGAUCACAGUAGUGACCGGCUGCAAGUGCAAACGUUACCUGAAACAGCACAACGAAUCGGCAAACAAAUCCGAGAGCAUCACUCAGCGCCAGCAGAUCCACAAGCCCAAAAGCAAGCGGAAGCACCGGAAUAGCAAGGUUAACGGGAACUGGCAUGAGUCAGAGUCCUGAGGCAUUUGAAUCAAAAAACAAAAGAAAUAAGACUCUGGACUACCUGUGAAAGAAGGACUGCAGAGCUGAAGAGCUCAGGAGCAGUGGACAUUGAUUAUAAGGAUAAAAAUGUUGAAAGGAAAUUAAUGACUAUUCAAGAAGUGGCUUCAAACCAAACUCCAGCAAACAGCCACACAAUCACUGCUUGUGCUUCCCUUACAAUCCAUAACGACUUUUAUGCCAGAGUUUGGCAUUUUAGUAUAUCGAAAAUAUCACCUGAUCAUGACUGUCUCUCUGUGAGAAAUCAUAUCACUGGCUGUACUAUGCAUCGAAAGCCAGAUGACCCUGAAUAUCUCAUGUUUGAGAACAAUAUAGCUGUGUAAAUAAAGUAAAUACAAUCUCUGUGUGUGAUGUGUGUAAAUACAAAGCAUUUACCUGUGUAACUGCAAAAUAUUUAGCUACUGUUAGCAAGUAUACGUCGAUGUAAUAUAUUUUGUAUUGAUGUUCUCAUCAUGUGGUUCAUCUAAUCCUAAUAA